AUGGACAACGCAAAAUAUGGAGUCAUAUAUUUCAGUUUAGGGUCGCAUUUGAAAAGUAAAGAUCUACCAGAUGAAUUUAAGCAAGAAUUUAUUGAUAUGUUAAGGAAAUUAAAACAAACUGUCAUUUGGAAAUUGGAAUCGGAAUAUCCGGACUUACCUAAUAAUGUUCACAUCAUUAAAUGGGCACCACAGCAAAGUAUUUUGGCGCAUCAAAACUGCAUCAUUUUUAUUACUCAGGGUGGUAUACUUUCUCUGACUGAAGCAAUAUACUUUGGUGUACCAAUUAUUGGAAUACCAAUAUUUGCCGAUCAAUUUACUAAUGUUCAUAGAGCUGUGAAAGAGGGAUAUGGAAAGAAAAUUGAUUUUUCUAGCAAAGCGACGGUAGUAUCAAUAAAAAAUGCGAUUGAAGAAAUGCUGCAUAAUCCCAGGUAA